UCAAUAAUUAGCGACGUUCAGGGUGGGCAGACGUGAUUCAACUGUUAAACUAGUUUAGUUAGUUUUCUCGUGGGUUUUACAGGGGCCUCUGUGAAUAGCUCAGUCUUGUAUUUAAGCAGUCUGACAAAAGUUUUAGUGAGCUUUAAAACGAGGUUUUACACUUGCUUUGAAGCUUGACACCCUGAAGGCUAUUUUUGGACCAACAGUAGUUCCCCACCAUUGACUUCUGAAAUUAUGCUUCUUAGUGCAGAGCUGUAGAUACCCACAAUGAGACUACAAACCCUGUCACUGAGAGCGCUGCUAUUCCUGGGGCUUUGGCACACAGGAAGGAGAAGUCUAGCCUCAGCCCCAGAGCUGCAGGAACAGCCUAAGAAGAUAGCUGUGGUUGGAGCAGGAAUUGGCGGCGCAGCGACAGCAUAUUACCUGAGGCAAGAGUUUGGACCUGGGGUCAAGAUCGACGUGUUCGAAGACGGCAGUGUUGGCGGGCGACUUGCGACGGUGAAGAUCGGAGAUAAUGAAUACGAAACGGGAGGCUCAGUGAUCCAUCCUCUGAACCUACAUAUGAAGCACUUUGUUGAUAAAUUAGGUAUUCCUCAGAGAAAAGACGUCCCCUCAAAAAUGGCGAUCUUUGAUGGAAAGCACAUCCUGUUCGAAGAGAGCGACUGGUUCAUAGUAAAUUUCUUCCGCAUGCUCUGGCGAUACGGGUUGAACUUUCUUCGAAUGCAGAUGUGGGUGGAGACUGUUCUGGAUAAAUUUAUGAGAAUCUACCAGUACCAGCAGUUUGGCUACUCAUUCUCCACCGUAGAGAGGCUGUUGCAUGCCAUGGGAGGUGAUAGUUUCCUCACUCUGAUGAAUCAGACCCUGGAGGAAGCCAUGAUGGGAGAAGGAUUUUCUCAGGUCUUCAUCAAUGACAUUGUUGCACCGAUCACUCGUGUCAACUAUGGGCAGAGUGUCCGCAUCAAUGGCUUUGUGGGAGCGGUGUCGUUAGCAGGGGCAGAUUCAGGCCUGUGGGCAGUGGAUGGAGGCAAUAAGAAAGUUUGCUCUGGACUUCUUUACAACAGCAAAAGUGAGCUCAUCCCUGCUAGAGUCACUUCCAUUUCAGUGAAAGUUCGACCAUCCAAGAGAGGCACCCCUGUCAGUUUAUACGAGAUUAGCUAUGUUGACCAAUCAGGAGCUGCACAUUCCCUUUAUGAUAUUGUGAUAGUAGCAACGCCUCUUCACCGGGGGAAAUCUGACAUCACAUUUUCAGGCUUUUCCCCUCCAAUCCCUUCUCACUACCCCGGGCACUACCACCAGACGGUCGCCACUCUUGUCCACGGCUUGCUCAACGUGUCUUACCUGGGGACCACAGAAGCUGCCUCAGAGUUCACCGUGUCUGAUGUCCUCACCACAGACUCAAACGGUUCCAUCAUCAACAGCCUGAGCUCUCUGGAUCCUGUGCACAUCCCCAAAGGUUACAAGCGCCCCCCUGCUAGCCAAGCUAAUGUCUGGAAGGUGUUCUCCAAAAAGCCGCUGUCCCAGGAGCAGCUGGAGAACAUGUUCCUCUCCUAUGAUUCGGUGUCUGAGACCAAAUGGCUGGCAUACCCCGCGUACCAUCCGCCGCACCGCAAGACCCCUCCUUUUAUCCUGCACAACCGGCUGUACUACCUCAAUGCUGUGGAGUGGGCAGCAAGUGCCAUGGAGAUGAGCGCCAUCGCUGCCAGGAACGUGGCCCUGCUGGCACACCACCACUGGCACGAACAAAAAAGCAAGAUCGACCAGGAAGACCUGCACACGCGCCUGAGAGGAGAACUCUGAAAAGUGAGAACUACUUGAGAGUAGAAUCAGAAGCAAUAAAAUAAGAUCAAUCGAGCCCAUUUUUAUAUGUUGGAUAACAUCGUAGUCGCCAGAGGAAAUGCUGAUCUGUGGGAGCAUGGUGACACUAGAGCCACAACUUUAGUUGAUCAGUGGUUUCAGCUUUUCUAGUUUGGGAAAUAUUUGUCUUACAUUAUUGAAAACUUUUAUACCUGUGUGUGUGGACAAAUGGGGCAUUUGAUUAUGCCAGUCUUUUUUUAAAUUAAUGUUUAUAUUUUGGCUAUAUUUUAUGCAUGGGAUCCCCAAAAAAGAUUCAGACACAGUAAAGUUUGGCACUGCAGUUGCUCCAAACCCCAGUCCACUGUUUACCAAUGGAUAAACAGUGGACAAGAUAGAUGAAGCACACAUACAUACAGAGAAUCCUUCAUUUAUAGCGAGAUACCAGUAGCAAUCGAUUAAUAUUGGCAAUGGCAAUUUCAUUUAUAAAGGACAUUUUAUUACAUAAUUCAAUGCGUUUUAAGUUUAAAAAAAAAAUAAAAAGCAGUGCAAGUCUACAGUACCUUAAGGCAAAAACCCCAACAAAACAAACUUUACAAAGAAAUAAAAUACAAGUUGACACACAGUCAUUAAGUGUAAGUCUGUGAGAGUAAAAAGGUUUUGAGUUUUUGAGUAUAGACACAGUUGUAGUUGAUCUCAGGUCAGCAGGCAGCUGUGAAUGCUGUGCUGAGGUUGGAAGCACCCCCAGCACUCUUGGAUCUAAUUCAGUUAAAAGAUCCACCACUGGUGACCUGAGAGUUCUGACUGGGUUAUACACACUGAAGAAGUCAGACACGUACUGGGAGACCAAACCACUGAAAGCAUUAUGAUCUAUUGAAGAAAAAAGUUACUUCAGUACUGGACUAAUAUGUUUAAAUUUCCACAUGCAUCUAAGGACACUGGCGCUUCCAGACUCUAGAAAGUAACAUUUUCCUGCUUAUGAUUUGGAUAAUCCUGCAAAUGUGGUGUUACAGUCUAACAUGCUUGUUAUGAACCCACAGACCAAUUUCUUAAGUAAUUUUGAAAUAAUUUUCUAAAAUAUUGAAUAUAAUCUUUAGUUGCAGGUAACAUUGUCUAACAAAAUCUGACAAUAAACAUGGAGUUAAAGAAGCCAGCAGUUUACCUACAUCACAAUUCUAUCAUUAUUUUAAUCACUUAUUGCACAUGGAUGAUGUAACUACUUCAGAUAAUUGUUGGUUGGUAUGGUAUAACAAAGAUGUUCUAUUUACAGGCGGUCAUAGAGUUCUCAUUUGGUUUUCAAAUUAGUUUACAAAAAAGGAAGAACAGUAGCUCUGUGGGGCAGGUAGAGGACAAAAAAAGCAAAAUCUAGGGGUUUGCCUCUUUAGUUCAGUGUGCUCCACUGAACUGCUUGGCAACCACAGACUGGUAACUACAUGCAACAUGGCUGAAGAGCAGCGGUCCAGGUUCGAGUUUGACCCGUGGUCCUUGAAAUGCAAAAUCCAGGAAACUGUUACAAUUAUGUUAUGUAUACUUUAUUGAAAUUCCUCCCUGCAUUUAACCCAUUCACUCAG